UAAAUAUCAGUCUGGAAAGGGUUACAAAGGAAACCCAGACCAACAUCAAAGGAAUUGCAGGCCUUGCUCACCUCUGGUAAUGUCAGCAUUCAUGAUUCCAUCAUAAGAAAGAGAGCAAAAAUGGUAUCCAUGGGAGAGUUGAUAGACGAAAACCAGUGCGAAUCAAGAAGAACAUAAAAGGCUUGUCUCACAUUUGCCAGAAAACACAUUGAUGACCCCCGAGCCUUUUUGAAUAAUGUUCUGUUGACUGAUGAGUCGAAAGUGGAACUUUCUGGAAAAUGUAUGUCCCGUUACAUCUGGCGUAAAGCUAACACAGCAUUCCACAAUAAGAAACAUUCAAACCUGGUGAUGGUAGUGUGACGGUGGGAAGAUACUUUGCUGCUUCAGGACUGGGGCAACUUGCCAUAAUUGACGGAAUUAUGAAUUCUGCUCUCUACCAGAAAAUUCUGAGGGUGGAUGUCAGGUCAUCAGUCCGUGAUCUGAAGCACAAGCGCAAUUGGGUUAUGCAACAAGACAACGAUUCAAAGCACAAGAGCAGGUCCACCUCUGAAUGGCUGAAACGAAACAAAAUUAAAGUUUAGGAGUGGCCUAGUAAAAGUCCUAACUUGAUUCCAAUUGAGAUGCUCAUAUCUCUGUUAUGUCCAAUUAAGGUAUAAAAAUGCCCCCAAAAAGUUAUUUGAAAAAAAUUAAUCAGCUACUAACAUUUCAGUCAAUAUUGCAUUUUUGAUAUGGAUGCCUUAAAUUAAGUUAUUAAAGAAUUUGACCAAGACAUGUAUUGAGCGGAACGUUUCACAGUUUAAAAAUAAACUUGUCAGUGCUCUCUGGUACAAACUGUGAUGGCAAUACUGUUAAUAAAUUACCUCAGACAUACAAUAUCUUAAGCAAUUUCUCAUCGCUUAUCUGUCAGAAUCUGAAUCUGGUUUAUUGACAAGUACAUUUUCACAUACAGUUUGCCUUAGUAUUUGGCGCAUACAAUAAUCAUAGUAAGAGAAAAUAAAACAGAUAAAAGCAAGUACCACAAAAGUCAAGAACAUAAAUAGAAAAAUUGAUAAUACAAUUUUUUUUAUUUAUUUAUUUUUUAUUAAGAAAUGUGUAGAAUAUCUGUUUUUAAAAUGAGAGAGCUGUACAGUUUUGUGCAGGAAUGUGCAAAAUAUUGACCAAGGAAUAUGCAAAAGUUCACAGUAUAAAGAAUAUGUGCAUUAAUGUAACGCAUUUAGACUGACGUUAAUGUAACAUGUAGUGUCUAUAGGGGGAAUAAGAGUCCGUGUCAGUGAGAGUCCCGGGCCUUGUUGAUGAGGCCAGCUGCAGUCAGGAAGAAACUGUUCUUGUGGUGGGAGGUUUUGGUCCUGAUGGACCGCAGAAUGUCUCAAAAGGUUUGUCUCUGGGGUGGGAGGGGUCGGCCACAAUCUUUCCUGCUUACCUCAGGGUUCUGGAGGCGUACAGGUCCUGGAGGGGUGGCAGUUUGCAGCCAGUCACCUUCUCAGCAGCGCAAAUGAUAUGCUGAAGUCUGCCCAUGUCCUUGGCAGUGGCAGCAGCGUACCAGAUGGUGUUGGAUGAGAUGGAGCUGAUGUUCUGGAAGCGGAAGGACUCCACAGUGUCGACUGGGGAGUCACACAGGAUGAUGGGGACAGUUUGGGCUCCCAUUGCUCUGACAGUUGUUCUAGUGGCUGCAGCAACACUGUGUAAGGAGCAGGGAAUCACUGUUGUCGGCAUCUGCUGUGUUCAUGAAGUGUUUGUUUCACAAGGGUUUACCUUGCCCAUGCUGUUGGACACACUGAGACAAGUCCUGCAGGGUAAAGAUGGUUUCCCCUAUGCUGUCCUGCAAACGCUGUUGAAGCUCAUUGUCCUCGUCAUCAGCACCCUGCUGCUCGUCAUCAUCAGAGUCCAAGUCAUCCAGUCCCAGCUUCCUGUCUUCACCAGAUUUGAUAACCCAGCAGCAGUCAGCCCCACUCCCACUAGACAACUGACUUUCAACUACCUACUUCCUGUGAAUGCAUGGCUUCUGCUGAAUCCCUCUGAGCUCUGCUGCGACUGGACUAUGGGCACCAUUCCUCUGGUGGAGUCACUCCUAGACCUCCGUAACCUGGCCACCCUGGUGUUCUACACUUUUCUGGGCUUGCUAGCUUACCACAGCCUGCGCUACAGACACAGCUCUGCCAAGACUGUCAUCAUGGCCCUGUCUUUGAUCGUCCUGCCUUUUAUUCCUGCAUCCAACCUCUUCUUCCCUGUGGGUUUUGUUGUGGCAGAGAGGGUACUUUAUGUACCGAGUAUGGGCUUCUGUGUUCUUGUUGCACAUGGAUUCAAGAUUGUCUCGCAUAAAGGACACUUGAAGAUUUCCUGGUUGAUAAUUGGGGUGCUUUUAACUACACAUGCAGUGAAAACUUUCAACAGAAAUUGGGACUGGGAAUCAGAAUAUACUCUCUUCACCUCUGCCCUGAAGGUCAACAAGAACAAUGCCAAGCUGUGGAAUAAUGUUGGCCACGCUCUUGAGAACCAAAACAAUUACGCAAAGGCACUGCAGUAUUUUCUCCAGGCCACUCGCGUCCAGCCAGAUGACAUUGGUGCUCACAUGAAUGUUGGAAGAACCUACAAGAACUUGAACAAGUCCAAAGAGGCAGAAGAUGCCUACUUGGUUGCCAAAUCCCUCAUGCCACAGGUUAUUCCUGGUAAGAAGUAUGCGACACGUGUGGCCCCUAACCAUCUGAACGUUUACAUAAACCUGGCCAAUCUGAUCCGGGCCAACGAAUCAAGGCUGGAGGAGGCUGACCAGCUCUACCGACAAGCAAUCAGCAUGAGACCAGACUUCAAACAAGCCUACAUCAGCAGAGGGGAGCUGCUGCUGAAGAUGAACAAGCCCACAGAAGCCCGGGACGCCUACCUCCGAGCCUUGGAGCUUGACCGCACCAACGCUGACCUGUGGUACAACCUGGCCAUCGUCAAUAUUGAGAUGAAGGACCCGUCGGAAGCCCUGAAAAACUUCAACCAUGCCCUGGAGCUCAACCCACGUCACAAGCUGGCGCUCUUCAACUCCGCACUUCUCAUGCAGGAGUCUGGUGAGCCAAAGUUCUGGCCUGAGGCAAACCGUCGUUUCCUAAUCUAUGUGGAGGAGGAGCCUGAAGAUGCCAACGGCUACUUCAACCUCGGCAUGCUGGCUAUGGAUGCGAAUGAAAAUGCAGCAGCUGAGCGGUGGAUGCGUAAAGCCAUUGGUUUGCAGGCCGGCUUCCGCAGUGCCCUGUUUAACCUUGCAUUGCUUUACUCUCAGUCCAAACGCGAGAUGGACGCACUGCCUGUGUUGGAUGAGCUGCUGCGCCACCACCCAGAGCACAUCAAGGGCCUAAUUUUGAAGGGUGACAUCCUCAUGAACCACAAGAAGGACACACAUGGUGCUAAAGCCUGCUUUGAGCACAUUUUGCGCAUGGACCCCACCAAUGUGCAAGGCAAGCACAACUUGUGCGUGGUCUACUUUGAGGAGCGCGACCUGCCGCGGGCAGAGCGCUGCCUGGAGGAAACGCUAGCCCUGGCACCAAACGAGGAGUAUGUGCGUCGUCACUUGAGUAUUGUACGAAGUAAAAUGGCUGCCAUGAGCGUAGCAGGGCAACCGCUACUACUACCUACUUCAGCAGAGGGAGCCACCAUGUCGGCUAAGGAGGAAAAGCCGAAGAGAGUUCAGGAGGGGGCGGAGGAGGGUGCUGAGGGUGAGGAGGAAGGGAGGGGUGCUGAUGCUGUUGGAAAAGGGGCUGGGGAUGAGAAGAAUGUGCGGAAAUCCUCUGCAGAAAGCCUCGGAGGUGUGGGAGUGGACCAAUCGGAGUCUUUGGACGGCAGCCAGUCUGACAAGCGGACUAAGGGUAAGUCCACUAAAGAGAUUAAAGAUAUAGAGGAAAAAAGGGCAGCUGCCUUGAAGAGACUAGAGGAGAUUGAGCGCAUAUUAAGUGGUGAUUGACAUUGUUGUAAUUUAUAGCUGGACUACUUUUAUAGAGCUCUUUAAUGCUCCAGGAUAAAACUGCAUUUUCUCUCUUAGAGAUGUGUAUUUCUUAAUCGUCAUUUUAUUCUAUUGAUUUAUUCACGUGUUUGCAGGCCUCUCUGCAUGGUCCUGUUGUUUUAACACUAAUCAUGUAAAGAAGGGAAUUGUUAAUCUGCACAUGAAACUCAUGUAACAGUAAGCACAAAGCCAAUUUGGGAUAAUCUGUUUAAAGCUUAUGGCAGAUGUAGAUGCCAAUGUGUGUGCUUCAUGUGAAUGUGAUUUCACAUAUCGUAGACCUGCAGUAGUUAUAAAUAUUUGUUUUGUUUUUCCAUUUGUACUAAUUGUUUAUCACUGGAUUUUUUUUUUCACUAAGAUGUGACUCACUCCUGUGUGUUAUUGUUUUUAAAAACAGAAUGAUUGUAUCAUGGACAAUUAAAGGAAAUGACGUGUUCCUCAAAUUUCCUCAAGGCAGGAUGAUAUCUGCAGAGUUUACGCCUCAAAAUAACCCAAGUCACACAGAGCAAAAUAACCCCCCACACUACAUGAACACCAGGCUUAUGUUCCGUUGCAGCAACGUCUUCUAAUCUUUAUUGAUCUCGCUCGGCACUUCCUGCCACUACAUCAUCAGCCUCUGUGCUCACAGCUGCCUUCACCUCACAAUUUCAUUGUGAUCCCAUCUAAAGACUAUUAUUUCACUCCCUUUGUCACAUUACCCCCUCCCAUCCUUUAGACACUACAGCCACAUUAGAGAUGCAAGUUUUUCCUGCUUUUCUUGGUAAACUAUCCCAUACACAUCGCUUUGACACAGGCAACACCCGUUUUAUGUGACGGUCAACAAUGACGCACACUCAUCCUCAGCGUUAGGCUGUAGCAUGUGUUCCUAAUUUUCCAAAGUUUCUUCGACUUCACAGGGUGAAUUUUCACAGCACAAUUGCAAAAAACAGAUCUCCUCCUUCAUCCUGCUCCACAGUGAUGAUAUUGUUUUAGCUUCCUGACAUUAAACAUUUUCAAGUUUUUGUAGUAGGCUUUCUAAUCACUUUCUUCAGCAUUUACAGCUGUGGUUUCUCUGAGUCAAAAAUAUACUCUUCAUCUCUCCGCAGUUACUGUGGGCACAAUAUACAAAUUGUGUACACAAAUAACAAUCAGCAAUGCACAAAUCUCUCCCACUCCUGUUUCCUCUUCUAUCACUACACCACUACACAACCCAGUGCCUGAUUGGCUGCUUUCCAAGAGGUCUGAUAAUAAUUUAAACAACUCUCUGCUCCGAUUGAGAUCACUUUAAGAAAUAAGAGACCAAUAACUGAUAAUCAAAAAAAUGUUAGAUAUAUCAUACCUUGCGAGCAGAUGUUAAUGUCUUCACAGCUCUCAUGAUGUUCCUUUUUUCGCUUCACAGUGCAAUAAUUUGUUUCAGUACGAUGACUCUGCUCAGUGCAAUUCUUUAUAGUGGAAUUAUAGGAAAGAAGACUGAUUACUGUAAGUUAGGAGCACUGUGGUGGUACUAAGGAGCCUUGCUAUGCAUUGACCUUGUUAAGCCCUGAAAUUCUAUGUACAUAAAUUUACAAUGUACUUGUAUCCAGUGUUAUUUAUUAUUUUUAUAUGCACUGCAAAUGCUGUAGAUGUUUUUGUUUACCACUGACAGUAUGCUUUGAAAUUCAUGGUGCAUUACUUUGUCUCUACUAAUUUUCAAUAUGUGUACUGUCAUUUGUAAAAUAGGUCAUAGAUGUUUUCCACUUUUAAACAACAGAGCCCAUUCAAGUGUCGAUGUAUGAAAUAUUCAAUCAAUUGUCUCCCCCCAGAAAGUAGGUACAGCUUUGAACAAGGCAAGCAUCCCAUUUGCAACAUUUUCUGUUUCACAUCAUUUUGCUGAGUGACUGAUUUUUGUACGAUUUUAAGAUUUUUUUUUAUUUUUAUGCAAUAGCCCUAGGUGGUGGGGUUCUAGGUUAUUAAAUAAAGUGAGAGGACAACUCA